GAGGAAGACAGAGGAGCGUUGGGUGGAUGAACGGAUGGUGUUGAAGAAAGGUGUAGCUUGGUUCUCCGAGACAAUCAAAGGAGGAGGAGGAGGAGGAGGAGGGAGGAGGGGGGUGUUUGGAUGCACUUUAUCCUGAUCGUGGUGGGGGGGGAGAGAGUGGCUCAUUUACGCGUCCGCGUAACACGCCUUUGGGCAUCACCGCCGGGUGAAGGAUGGUAGGAUCGAUCCGAUAGAGGAAAUUAACGAGCAAAGUAUUUGUUGAAAAGCGCAAAGUGCUGAUCGGGGAGGAGGCAAACUAUGAUCCGAGGAUGAUUUCUGCAAAGAAAACUCCGGAGGAGAGUCGUUUUCCUGUCCACUAUCUGGUGUGGCACAACAAGCACCGGCAGCUGGAGAAGGAGCUGGCAACGAACGAGCAGACGGACAUAGAGACGGUGGACCCCCGUGGCCGGACGCCUCUCCACCUGGCCGUCACUCUAGACCACCUGGACUGUGCCAGGGUCCUACUCCAGCACGGAGCUGACGUUAGCAAAGAGAACCGCAACGGAUGGACCGUUCUGCAGGAGGCGGUGAGCACCAGAGACCCAGAGCUGGUGCGGCUUGUGCUCCGUUACCGUGACUACCAGAGGACUGCCAAGAGGCUGGCGGGCAUCCCUGUCCUGCUGGAACGGCUGCGCCAAGCGCAGGACUUCUAUGUGGAGAUGAAAUGGGAGUUCACCAGCUGGGUGCCCCUGGUGUCCCGGAUCUGCCCCAGUGACACCUACAGAGUGUGGAAGAGCGGUCAGUGUCUGCGCGUGGACACCACCCUCAUGGGGUUUGAACAGAUGACCUGGCAAAGAGGCAACCGAAGCUUCAUAUUCAGAGGACAAGACUCCAGCGCGGAGGUGAUGGAGGUCGACCACGACAGGCAGCUGGUGUUCUGCGAGACCCUGUGCGUCUCCUCUCUUGCGGCGCUCUCACCUGGCCGGGGAAGGGGCGGGGCUUGCUGCAGCACCGUGGGCGGGUUGGGUCUUCUGGGGGCGAUGAAGCCCAGCAACGAGCAGGUCGCGGCCCGGCUGUCCGCCCCGGUGGUGACCACUCAGCUGGACACGCGCAACAUCACCUUUGAAAGGAAUAAGACGGGCAUCCUUGGUUGGAGGAGUGAGAAGACUGAGAUGGUGAAUGGAUAUGAAGCUAAGGUGUAUGCAGCCUCCAACGUAGAGCUGAUCACCAGAACCAGAAGCGACCAUCUGACGGAUCAGAACAAGAACAAGACAAAAGGCGGGAAGACUCCACUGCAGAACUUUCUCGGGAUCGCUGAACAACACAUGGGACCCAACAAUGGGGCGCUGGUGACCCAGAUGUCGUCUCCCGCGGUGACGAACCCUGCGGCGCUGACGGCUGAGGAAUACUUUAACCCCGGCUCUUCCUCCACUUUGAGGGACAUCGGCCACCCGUGCCACCUCACUACCAAGACCCAGAGGUUCAAAGCUAAGAUGUGGCUGUGCGAGUCCCACCCGCUGUCCCUGGCAGAGCAGGUGGUCCCCAUCAUCGACCUCAUGGCCAUCUCCAACGCGCUCUUCGCCAAGUUGCGGGACUUCAUCACCCUGAGGCUGCCACCCGGAUUUCCCGUCAAGAUCGAAAUCCCCCUGUACCACAUCCUGAACGCCAGGAUCACCUUCAGCAACCUGAACGGCUGUGAGGACGGAGCCAACGUCCGCUCCGACGGCGAGAUGGGGGUGGACGGAGACGGUCAGAGGGACACGCCCAGGAUAGACACCCCCUCGCCCGGCAGCGACUCCUCCAGCGUCUCCAGCUCCAGCUCCAGCACGUCGUGCAGAGCCGGAGACAUUCCCCCGUGCGUGUUCGAGCCCCCGCCGGGAUACACCACGCUCGGAGGCAAACAGAGAGACAGCAUGCGGGAGGAGGAGGAGGACCUGCUGCAGUUCGCCAUACAGCAGAGCCUGCUGGAGGCCGGAUCCGAAUACGAUCAGGUGACCAUCUGGGAGGCGCUGACCAACAGCAAGCCAGGAGCGCACCCCCUCUCCUGUGACCCCAGUCGUGUGGAGAGGACUCCACAGCACAAGCCCCGCCCCCCCACCAGCCUACACUCCACACCCGCUAAGAAGCAGCCGCCCGCCUGCAGUUAUGACGAGCAGCUGCGCAUCGCCAUGGAGAUCUCGGCCCGCGAGCAAGAGGAGGCGGACCUGAGGCGGCGCCAGGAGGAGGAGGACCUGCAGCGCAUCAUCCAGCUGUCACUCAUGGAGAAGUGAGACGGCCCACCUGGAGAGGAGGAGGCGGGGGAGCGGGAGAAGGUCUGGAGCAGAACCGGCCCCCAUAGAAGCUUCAGAACAAACCCAAACUGGCGGUUCUGUUCGAUACUGAUCUCCCGCCGCCUCCAGCUGAUCUUCCUCCUGAAGCCAUACAUGCUGGAACCCAGACAGCCCACACAGGAGCAGCAGGUUCCUCUCUGUGGGGCCACGAGGUUCUGUAUCGACCAGCGCCAGUUUACAACCGAGACAGAACAAGUUUGCUACAACACUUCUGUGGCUUUGUGACUUUAAUUUAUUCUUUUAAACCAGCGUCCUCUCUGCACCAAAGCCCCCAAAGACCCCAAACAAACACAACCAGGGAGGGGUCCCCCAGUUUGUACUGGAUCCAAUCAGGGGCCAGCACUCUUCCUAAAAGCAGGGACAAUUAAAUUAAAUUAAAUUUAAUUAAAUUAAAAUGAAAUGAAAUAAAUCAAAUUACAUUAAAAUUAAUUAAAUUGAAGUGAAAUAAGUUAAAUUAAUUCAAAUUAAAUUG